CCGCCAAAGACUCAAUAUCCUCAACCGCCGCAGGUCCAGCAACCACCAAAGACUCAAUAUCCUCAACCGCCGCAGGUCUUUCAACCACCAAAGACUCAAUAUCCUCAACCGCCGCAGGUCCAGCAACCACCAAAGACUCAAUAUCCUCAACCACCACAGGUCCAUCAACCAGGAGUCCAACCAGCUUCACCAAAGUAUCCUCGAUAUCGUCAAGUAUUCCAUGAUCAGGAGCAACAGGUGCCUCCACAACAGCACCAACAGGUCUCUACAGUGCCACAGAAAUCAUCAAGUGUUGGACAGCAGCCUACAGUCCAGAGUUGUGAUGUGGCAGGACCUGUAAGAAUACCAUGUGGUAGUCCUGAUAUCUCUGCUGCUGGAUGCGAAGCCAUAAACUGCUGCUUUGAUGGCCGACAGUGCUACUUUGGAAAGGCAGUGACCGUCCAGUGCACCAAGGAUGCCCAGUUCAUUGUCGUGGUGGCCAGAGACGCAACGCUGCCCAACAUUGACCUCGAGUCAAUCUCACUUUUGGGACAAGGUCAAGGCUGUACACAUGUUGACUCUAACUCAGAGUUUGCCAUCUACCAAUUUUCUGUUACUUCCUGUGACUCUGUUGUUAUGGAGGAGCCUGGUGUUAUAAUCUAUGAGAACAGGAUGUCUUCCUCAUAUGAAGUUGGAGUUGGGCCUCUUGGAGCCAUUACCCGGGACAGCCACUUUGAAGUGCUCUUCCAGUGUAGGUACAUCGGCACUUCUGUUGAAACUGUGGUUGUAGAAGUAUUGCCAUUGCAAAAUCCUCCUCUACCAGUUGCUGCGUAUGGACCGAUAAGUGUACACCUGAGGUUGGCUAAUGGACAAUGCAAUACAAAGGGUUGCAAUGAAGUGGAUGUGGCCUAUAACUCUUUCUACACGGAGGCAGACUAUCCUGUGACCAAAGUACUGAGGGACCCUGUGUACGUGGAGGUUCAACUCCUUGACAAGACAGAUCCCAACCUUGUCCUGACUCUUGGUCGCUGUUGGACCACCACAAGCCCCAACCCUCACAGUCUGCCACAGUGG